AUGGAUCAAAGAAUGAUCGCAUCUAGGGAACACAUUGAACAAAUGGAAAGGGAUGACACUGAUGCAGAAAUCAUGAUGUGUAUGAUGUUGUUGAUGAAAACACGUGAUUCAUUAUACACUGGAGAGCCCAUACGAGAUAGUAAAUUGACAGGACGAGAGCGAGUGAGUGAGGUUCUAAACGGACAUGUAGACAGAUGCUAUGAACAGUAUAAAAUGGAGCGCCAUGUCUUCCUCAACCUUGAAGCAUUAAUGCGACAACGUGGUUGGUUGGAAGAUAGUCGAUAUUUAAGAGUGGAUGAGCAGUUGGCAAUGUUUAUAUCUAUCGUUGGUCACAAUGAUAGGUAUAGAGACAUAGCAGAACACUUUCAGCGUUCUCUUAACACUAUAGGUGAACACUUUAAGAAACUAUUAUGUGCUUUCAUACUACAGGGACAAGAGAAUAUCAAACCUCCAAACUUUAGUCGUUGCCCUAAACAUAUUCUUGAAAAACCAAAGCUCUAUCCUUUCUUCAAGGACUGCAUUGGCGCGAUUGAUGGCACUCAUGUUAGUGCUUUUGUACCUCUACACAAACAAAUACCGUACAGAGGAAGGAAAGGAGAUACGACUUGGAAUGUUAUGUGUGCAUGUGACCUUGACAUGAAAUUCACUUUUGUGUACGCUGGUUGGAAGGGUUCUGCAAAUGAUUGUCGAGUAUUCAAUGAGACAUUGAAUAACCCUAAAUUUGAAUUUCCUCAUCCUAGUACAUUCUAA